AUGAGCGCUGAGAAAACUUAUACACCUGAAUGGUGUGCCGCUGAGCUGGGUGCCGUCAACAGUUACGGCAAUGCUCUCUCGCUCGCCUGUAUCCUCUCGGUUAUCACGCUGGGCGGAACCGUCGACGGUUAUCGGCUGCUGACGCCCGAGAUCAUUGAACGUAUCUUCGACGUGCAGGCCGACGACACCGACGUCGUCACCGGCCUCCCACUGUGCUUUGGCGUCGGUUUCGGCCUUGCACAGGGCGGCACACUGACUACGAUUCCCUUCUUGCCCAAGGGUGGCAAGAUCUGCUUUUGGGGCGGAUGGGGGGGGGGGCACUACGUCAUGAAUAAGAUGGGAAACGACUUCAUUGGGUCAGAUAGGACAGUCGCAUACGUCAAGGCAGCUUACAAGGCUUUGGGUGUUGAAGGGUUUUGA